UUAGUUAACCCUUGAAAAAAGCAUGUGAUUAAUGUGGAAUAGUCAAAGUGAAGGGUUUUGUUUUAGAUUUUGUGUGCAUAAAUAUGUUUGAAACAUCGCUUAAAAUUGAGGAGGAGGUGAAUUCAAUUCCAUCAAACAUGAGUGGGAGAUAUCACCGCAACAAAUCACAACAACAACAUCGUACCAAAUCGAAACUUCGCUACGUUAACAAAUCCGAACUAAUUGUUUCUUCACCUAACUCUGUGGCGGUUGAACAACCAGUUUCCUCUGAGGAUGUUAUUGUCAACAACAACAACAACACCGUUGAUGACGUGGCCAGUUCAAGCAAGACCAAGACCAAGGAAGAAUAUGAUUAUGAUAAUAACGAUAUUGAUAAUGGUAUGGAUAAUACUAAUAGGCUUGAUAAGUUGCUUACUGAUAUUCAACAAAUUGAAUUAUCCGAGGAAGAGAUCACAAUCAAUGAUCAAUUGCAGCAAGAUGAGUUACUUGUGGUGGAAUCAAUUUAUGGAGAAAACGUUUUCAGCCUUGAUACAUGGAAAGGCCUGCGUUGUUUUCAGAUACACAUAAACAUUGAUGUUUUGGGUGAAAUAGGCAUUACUGCCAAGGUUAACUCUGUUAAUGAACUUGAGACAUUAAGCAACAAUUCAGACGAUUUCUUAUACUCUUUCAAAGUUCAAUAUCUUCCACCGAUUGUUUUGACAUGUUUAUUACCUAAGUCAUAUCCGAGUCACCAACCGCCUAUAUUUACAAUCUCUGUCAAGUGGCUGGAAUCUGCGAAGAUUUUAAGUUUAUGUUCCAAGUUGGAUUCAAUAUGGACAGAACAACAAGGGCAGGAAGUGAUUUACAGUUGGGUAGAAUGGUUACAAAAUUCUUCUCUUUCUCAUUUGGGAUUUGAUGAGGAGAUUAGAUUAGGUCCUUAUGGUUGGAAUCGUGUUGCGGAUGCACGCGUGGUUUCGGGAAUUGGAUGCAUUGAUGCUGAUAUUCCUUUUUUACAAAGCUACAACAAUGAGAGACGCCAUCAAAACUUCCUUAAAGAAUUGCAUGAAUGCUGUGUUUGCUAUAGUGAAUAUCCAGGUACCGAAUUCGUCCGGUUACCAUGCAAACAUUUUUUUUGCCGCAAAUGCUUACAGACCUUUACACAGAUACAUGUAAAGGAAGGAAACGUUAGUAAUCUUCAAUGUCUUGAUGCAAAAUGCAAGGAGAUGAUUCCACCAGGCCUUUUAAAACACUUUCUUGGUGAUGAAGAAUACGAACGUUGGGAAUCUAUGAUGUUAGAGAAAACACUUGCAUCAAUGUCUGAUGUUGCUUAUUGCCCGAGAUGUGAAACACCCUGUAUAGAGGAGGAAGACCAACAUGCUCAGUGCCCAAAAUGCUUUUUUAGCUUUUGUACCCUUUGCAGGGAACGCCGCCAUGUUGGCAUUGCAUGCAUGACCCUUGAAAUGAAGCUUCAGCUUCUUCAGGAUCGUCAAAAUUCAUCUCAUUUAAAGGGGAAUCAAAAGCAAAUUGAACUUGCAAAGAUUAAUGAAAUGCUCAGUAUCAAAGCAAUUCACCGUGAUUCCAAGUUGUGCCCCUAUUGUGACAUGGCGAUUUCUCGAACUGGAGGUUGUAACAAAAUGAAGUGCGGUAAUUGUGGAAAGUACUUCUGUUACCUCUGCAACAAAGCACUCGAUCCAUCAGAUCCAUAUGGACAUUUCAGGGAAGGGGGGUCCUGUGAAUUGUUCCCACAAGAAAUGGUUGACAAUUGGCAACCACGAAUCAAUCCUCGCCAGGAAGUACAACAAAUACAUGCGGAACUCUUUCACCUCGGUGGCUCAGCUUGUCCUAGUUGUCGCCAAUUUAAUGUAAAGAUUGGAAACAAUAAUCACAUGUUAUGUUGGGCAUGCCAAAGCCAUUACUGCUACUUAUGCAACAAGACUGUGAGGCGCGGGACUAAACAUUAUGGACCAAAAGGUUGCAAACAGCACACUGAAGGAUAGCAUAAGCACAAUGCCAUGGACCAUUUUUUCCUUGGCAUCGUGAAAUGUAAUUCUUUCAUUAAAUUAUUUUAUGUCCAAUGAGUUUUGUAAUACAAUAAAUAUAAAUUGGGUGUGUUGCGAUUAUUAUCAAAUUUUCGAAGAGGAAGAGAAUCAACGAGGUUCUAAUUUUAGAACUCGGUCGGAUUAAAUAUGUACAUGUAUGUGUUGUGUAUUGUUGAGUUCAUUCUUUACCUAAA